GGUAACAGGUAUGGAGAGAGUGAGAGAGGAGGUAACUGAAUUAUGGAGAGAGAGAGGGAGGGAGGAGGUAACUGAACUAUGGACUUGACUUGGUUGGUAUGUAGCUGCAGUAUUGUGUGUGUACAGACUCUGGCUGGUGUCGGUACUGAAGCUGCAGCACGAUGAGUUUAACUUGUGAGGAGAGAAAUAAUGCUGUGGAGCUGAAGGAAGGUGUCUACAACCAAACUUUCCAAAACGAUGAAGAGAAAGCUGAGAAAGUAAACGUAAGCAGCGAGCUGGAGCAGGGAACCUCGGUGCUGAAUGGUACAGGUGGAGAGGAAAGUGCUUAUACUCAGAUUAAACCGUACGCUGGCAUGCCCAAAGAAGUGCUGCUCUUAUACUCCAGCAAGGCUCGGUACCGUUUACCCAGAGAAAUCCUCUUCUGGAUGAUAGUGGCAUGUACACUGGCACUGACGGCCCUAACCAUCACUGUCAUAGCACUGUCUCCCCGCUGCCUCAGCUGGUGGCAAACCAGCCCCAUCUACCAGAUCUACCCGAGAUCAUUCAAAGACUCGGACGGAGACGGUAUUGGAGACCUCAAAGGUAUCAAAGAAAAGCUGAACCAUUUCCAGUUCCUAAACAUCAAAGCAAUCUGGAUCAGCCCCUUCUAUAAGUCUCCCAUGAAGGACUUCGGCUAUGAUGUGGAAGACUUCAGGGCUGUUGAUCCUCUGUUUGGAACUAUGGAGGACUUUGAUGACCUGCUGGCCAGCAUGCAUAGCAUGGGUCUGAAGUUGAUCAUGGAUUACAUUCCCAACCACACCAGUGACAAGCACGUCUGGUUCCAGCUAAGUCGUAAUCGCACCGAUUACUAUUCUGACUUCUACAUCUGGGUAAACUGCACCGAGGGCACACCACCUAACAACUGGGUGAGUGUGUUUGGAAACUCCAGCUGGACGUAUGAUGAAGUUCGAGGACAGUGCUACUAUCACCAAUUCCUCAAAGAACAGCCAGAUCUCAACUUCCGCAACCCUGACGUGGUGAAGGAGAUGACGGAUAUAAUCCAUUUCUGGUUGAAAAAGGGGGUGGAUGGAUUUCGCAUGGAUGCUGUCAAGCACAUUCUCGAAGCUGCGCAUUUGAGGAACGAACCCCAGGUUGAUCCAGACCAACCUCCUGACACUGUGGAUACAGAAUUUGAGCUGCAUCACGACUAUACAUACACACAGCUGGGCCUGCAUGACAUCCUCCGAAGCUGGAGAGUGGUCAUGGAUGAAUACAGUCGAGAACCAGGACGAUAUCGGUUCAUGGUGACAGAGUCUUAUGAUUAUGAAGAGAUUGAAAAGACCAUGAUGUAUUACGGAACCAGUUUUGUCAAUGAAGCCGACUUCUCAUUUAACUUCUAUCUGCUGGACCUUCCUGACGGCCUGUCUGGAAUAAGAGCCAAGCAACUGGUUGAACUGUGGAUGUCCAAUAUGCCUAAAGGGAAAUGGCCAAACUGGGUGGUAGGAAAUCAUGACAAACCACGAAUGAGCUCCAGAACCGGUCAGGAAUACAUCCGAGCAAUCAACAUGCUUUUACUGACACUGCCUGGAACUCCAACUACGUACUAUGGGGAGGAGAUUGGCAUGGAGAAUGUCAAUGUUUCGGUCAUCCAGGAUCCUUUUGGGAAGUUUGACCCUAACAACAGUCGGGAUCCACAGAGGACACCUAUGCAGUGGAGUAACGGACUCAAUGCCGGCUUUAGUGAUAGUAAAAAUGGUACCUGGUUGGAUGUAGGACCAAACUUCGAAACUGUUAAUGUACAGAUUCAAACAGGCAACUCUACCUCGGUGCUGGAAAAGUACCGCGCUCUGGCUCAGCUCAGAGAAAAGGAGGUCUGCCUGACUCGAGGCUGGCUCUGCUACGUCUGGGAGGAUGCUAACGUGUUCGUCUUUUUGCGUGAGCUGGAUGGACUGAACCGAGCGUUCCUGGUAGUGCUUAACUUUGGUGAAGAUACGGAAACUAAUCUGUCAACAAUUUCAGAGCUGCCAGAUGAUCUAACUGUUCGCAUCAGUACAGUCCCUGGAACUCCCAGCAGCUUCUCCAAAUCCAAAAUCACAACCUCAAAGGGGCAGGGACUGUUGCUGCAGUACUCCACCAGUACACGCUUCCAUCCAGGCCAUGCAUCGGAGUGCUAUGUCUCUGAAAAGGCCUGCUACCUAAGUGCUUUUGAUAUUUUGUAUAAGUGCUAAAAAGGCAAGAUGUAAGAGAGCAUAAUGAGCAAGUUUAGCUGCUUUGAUGUUUGAAUUUGCCUAAAUCAAUACACAGAUGUUCCUAGAGUAAAAAGAACCAUGGAUCUGGUUUAAAUGUAUUUUUACCAAACUAAUUAUUUAUUUCCAUAUAAUCUAGGUAAAAUUACAAACUAUAGCAGCAAUACUCUCAAUCCAAAGUCUUGAAACGUUUCACAUUUGUCAAUAAUAAAGUGCUUUUACUGCACACCAUUUAAAAGUAAUUUACUGGAAAGGUAAAUGACUUUUACCUCAAAAUUGGCUGUGUUUGAGAGAGAGAAGGUUGAACGUGUUCUGUUUCCACUUCUGCCUUUAUAUGCAAUCUCUGGGACUGAUCCAUGCACCUGUGUAAGUUUGGGGGAGCUCUCUACUCUCUAUGCAGUAUGGCUCUGUGUGGGAACCAAACACUGGCAACUUUUGGAUGCCCCACACCCCCACCCUUUCAUCUCCCAAUGUAGUAAUUUCCAAUUCCUAAUUGUGAAUCCACUGCCGCUUGCACAAGCCCCGGUCUGAUCAAGGACAGCCUCCUCAGACAAAUGUCCAAUCUGAAGCGGCUUCUUAUCACCUGCCAGUGUUGGGUUCCCAUACAGAGCCAUACUGUGUUAAAGAGCUCCUUCCACCCUCCACCAAACACAGGCGCAUGGACCAGUCCCAGAGAUCGCAAAUUACAGCAGAAGUGGGAGGAGACCCCCAGCCAACCUUCCCUCCCCCAAACACAGUCAAUUGCCAGGUUGGUGGUUCAGCUGAGAUUCAAAUUCGACAGACUCCGUAGUGGUGUGCUAGUGCAGUAGACUGCAGUGCCACCUGAGCACCCCUAAUACAAUUCUUGUUCUAAGUUCGUCUUUUAAAAAAAAGGCCCGGGUGGAGCCGCCGCAGAUGCAGAUCUUGGUGGUAGUAGCAAAUAUUCAAACGAGAGCUUUGAAGGCCGAAGUGGAGAACAGCAAUUGAACAUGGGUCAGUCGGUCCUAAGGGAUGGACGAACGCCGUCCGGAAGGGUGGGGCGAAGGCCUUCCUUUGCCUCCGGUCGAUCGAAAGGGAGUCAGGUUCAGAUCGUUUUUUUAUUUUGUAUUUUAUUUAUGCAUUUUCUCCUAAUUUAGCAUAGUCAAUUUGUCUUCCGCUGCUGAGGGAUCCCUGAUUGCAGUCGAGGUGGGUAUAUUGCAGCUCACGGCUUGCACGCAGCCCUUUGCAGAACCCCUUUUCACCUAUGCACUCUGCACAGACGCCUCUUUAUCUGCCAAUCAGGGUCCUUGCACAGCGUUUGAAGACCCCACCCACAUAGUCCGGCAUCCUGCCCUAGCAGAACUGUGUCUGCUGCAGGCACUGCCAAUUACGCCUGCUAGAUGGCGCCCAGCUGACCGGUGGCAACGCCGAGUUUCGAACCGAGGAGUUCAGAGUCUCGGCGCUGGUGUGCUAGCGGAAUAUCCCGCUGCGCCAUUUCAGAUUGUAAACAACAAUUGAUACAUUACUGUUUUAACUACCACAGUUAUCCCUGUUUUUGACAUCCUUCAAGAUUUAAACAGUAAUAUGUCCUCAGAAUGAACUAACCUGUCUGCAAAUGGAAAAGAUUCCAUUCUGUGGGAUUUGCUCUUGCAACAAGACUUUCCUGACAAAUGUGUGAGCUUUUAAAACCAGCUAAAAAUCCAUUUAAAUUCUGCAAGUUAUAGUAACAUGAAGCUGGGAAAUAAUUGAAGAAACUGGUGAAAUGGAAUUAAAUGCUUUUAAGUGUUAAAGUGGCCAUAAAUAUCAUGAUUUACUUGCUGGGC